UUGCAACCGAGAACGCUUGGACGUGCGGUACCUUGGGCGACCUGGUGGACGCGCGCAACUUGGUACCCGCGCCACCACCAAAGCCAUGCCAUCCAAAUCGUCCGCGAAGCGAUCUGCAGUGAAAUCUCGAAUUGUCCCUGCAGGCGGCGGGACUGCGUCGUCCGAGAUUUUAAACGUUAUGGGCUCGAAAGAUGCCAUGUCCAGGGCACUGAUGUCGUCCCAGAUCGUGCAGAUGAAAGACCCCAAGAUUGUUCAGUUUCUCCACACACCGUCUCAACUUGCGGCGUGCCAUGAACGCCUCCGCACCGCCGUUGUCGUCGGCCUGGACACGGAAACGAAACCCGAAUUCAAAAAGACAGCGAUUCCAAACCCGACAUCGCUGCUUCAGGUGGCUGUCCGGGAUGCCCAUGGCGCGGAAGAUGUGUUUCUCUUCGACCUGUUGGCGCUGACUCCGUCCCAUUACAACGACAUGCUCGCCGAAUUGUUUCUGAAUCCGUCCAUCCUCAAAUUGGGCCAAGGGCUUCUCAACGAUCUCAAGGAACUUGCCCAUGCCUACCCCACGGCCACGUGCUUCACCAAGAUGCACGGCGUUGUCGAAGUAAACGCUCUCUUCCGCGAAAUUGAAGGCCCCACACAGCCCAUGAUGAGUUUGCAAAAGCUGGUGUACUACUCCCUCAAACGCAAGCUCGUAAAGACACACCAAAAGUCCAACUGGAAUCGACGGCCGCUGGCGCCUGGUCAAAUCACGUACGCCGCGCUGGAUGCGCUCGUUCUCGUGUGGAUAUUUGACGACAUGGUGGCUCGCAUCUGCCAAAAACGACCAACCUUCAAAGCGGCGGUGAUCGCCACGACGCUGGACGUGCAUGUUGCCGACAACUACGUGUGCCCGACGUGCAAAGCUGUGUUCACGUCCGACCAUGCCUUCUAUAACCACAGCAGUAAGUGCGAGGGCCUAGUCAAGGGCAAGAAGGGGGGCGACAGACCCUUCAAAUGCAGCACAUGUCCGCGCGGAUUUGCGUCUGCCAGCGCCAAGGCGCAACACGCCGCUCAUUGUUCGGCCAAGGGUACACCCGUCCUUUCGGUCGUGGUGAACGAAGUGAUUGCAUGCUACUGCGGGCGAACAGUUGGUGGUCCCCAGAUUCAUCGAAUGUGUGAUGCGUACAAGACGUUUGCGUCGACGGUCGAUGGCAACGCCCAUGUGUGGACAUGCUUGGAUUGCCAAAAAGCGUUCGACGCCCCCGAGUUGCUGCUGUACCACCAUGGUUUGUGCCGCCGGGAUAAUGGGAGCGCAAAGCACGUUCGUUUUGACAAGUCGGAUAGCGACAGCAACGAACCCCCACUGAAGCGAUCAAGGUAUCGUCGCACUGCAUCAGAGGACUUCACAGAUUCCGCCGAAGAAGAAGAGUUGUGGAGUCAGGUCGGUCAGUGUGGAUACGACAUUGGCAGUAACGGAACCUAAUGUACAACAAUACGCUGGCCACGCCUACCGUCUUCCA